GCGGGUCCGGGUCCCGGGGGGAGGGGCGGACGCUCGGUACCGGAGGGGGAGGGGGCGGGGCGGUUGUUGCCAUGAUGACGGCGGCGGCGGCGGCGGCGCUGGGCAACCGCGCGCGGCGCCACAAGUGGGCGAUCGAGCUGAGCGCGAGCACCGGCGGCAGGGGACGCGAGCGGCAGGGCGGACAAGGGGACACGGUUUAUCCGGUGGGAUACUCGGACAGGCAGCUGCCUGAUACCAGCGUGCAGGAGACGGACAGGAUCCUGGUCGAGAAGCGGUGCUGGGACGUGGCGCUGGGCCCCCUGAAGCAGGUGCCCAUGAACCUGUUCAUCAUGUACAUGGCCGGCAACACCAUCUCCAUCUUCCCCAUCAUGAUGGUGUGUAUGAUGGCCUGGAGACCCAUCCAGGCCCUGAUGUCCAUCUCUGCCACCUUCAAGCUCCUAGAGAGUUCGAGCCAGCAGUGGCUGCAGGGGGUGGUCUACCUGGUGGGCAACCUGGUGGGACUGGCCCUGGCCGUCUACAAGUGCCAGUCCAUGGGGCUGCUGCCCACCCACGCCUCGGACUGGCUGGCCUUCAUCGAACCCCCACAGAGAGUGGAGUACGCGGGAGGGGGUUUGAUCCUGUGACCGACAACUCCCCCCCAUCACCGUUCUGGACACUGGGCAGAGACCUGGGACUUGCGGGGCUGAGAAGCACACACACUGUCACCCACCAUGACCGUCCGUCGCCCGGGACCCUGGUGAGGGGAGGCUUCCUGACGGGGGUGGAGUCGGAAAUGGAACAGGAGGUCGGUCGGCAGAAUGGCCUCCCCUCCCUCACGUUCUCUCUUGUUCCCCCCACCCUCACUUAUUCACUCGUUCUUUCCCUCUUUCGUUUGUUGGUUCGCCCUCGUUCAUUUGCUCUCGUUUCCGUUCCCUCUCUCUGAGACCCGAGACGCUCUCCCCAGACCGUCACCCCCCUCUUUCCCCUAGGGGAAAUAAUCCGUGCCCCCACCCCACGCCCCCUUGGGGUCUCACUGUGAGUCGGACUCUGUUUCCGAGCGAAUCUCUGCUGCUGUGAAAACUCCCGAUGAGAAAUAAAGGCGUCUGAUCUGC